GGUUCAUACUUCCCGAAAUCCCCACCCCAUCCAUCCAUACCCUAGCCGCCGGUCUUCUCGUCUCUCUGAUCGGCGGCGGUGGUGUGCCCUCCCCUCCUCUCCUCCCCGCAAGAUCCGGCGUGCCAGCGCCUCCACCCGUUUGACGGUGACGGCCUGACGGGCGAUGCGCUGGGCGGGCCUCCGUCGGCACGAGUUCCUCUCAGCCGGGCGGCCCUAGCAGCUCACGGCCCCACCAUCUGGCAGGUAGCCGGCGGCGGAGCAGCAGUGCCUUCUCCUUUGACGGGCAACACGCCCACACGGCAACAAGGCCCGCUUCUUCGGCACCGCGACCUCCACGCUUCCCUGCCCAGCUGCAGCUCGAGUUCGGCUGGUGCGGCAGCACCCUCCCUUCCCACGACUUCUCUGUUCUUUCUCUCGGCCUCGGUCUUCCUUUCCUAGCGGCGACGACAGGGCGAGUUGCGCUGCCCGUUGUUCGUCGAGCGACGGGCGCUUCGCCAGCGACGAACAUCCGACAGGGGUUAAACUUUUGUGAUAUCCUUCUCCACUUAGCGGCAUCACAAGGAGAAUGGCAAGCAAAGCUGGCGGUGACGGCAAAGAAGCCAUAAAUGAGCAAGUAAUCGCCAACACUUAUGCCAACAUGCGCACCGAAAUGAACCAGCUCUACACCAAGAUCACGGAGCUGGAGAUGGAGGUCGGCGAGCACUCCCUCGUGAUUGGUGCGAUCGAGCCGCUGGACCCCUCGAGGCGCUGCUACAGGAUGAUUGGCGGCGUCCUGGUGGAGAGGACCAUCAAGGAGGUCCUGCCCGCGGUGAAGCGCAACAAGGAGGGCCUCGAGGAGGUGAUUGCCCGCAUGCACGAGGCGCUGGAGAGGAAGAAGAAGGAGAUCACCGAGUUCGAGCUCAAGUAUAAGAUCCGGAUUCGUAAGGCUGACAACGACACUGAGGAAGGCGGGAAGAAGGAAGGCACUGCGCAGGGAGUUCUUGUUGGUCCUGCUGGGCAGUAAAACUGAGUUAUAGAGACCUGCAUGCUACAAGUUACUUUGCGGCGCCCAGAUUGCUUCUUUGCUAGAUGUGGAAUGGUAUCUCUGUGUUUUAAGGGUGAUACGCUUCUGUAGAACCCAAGAUUUUGUGUAGAACCCGAUAUUAUGCUUAGAUGAGAACCUCAUUCGGAGCUGAAUAGUUGGCGGGCAAGUUGUGUCAUCUAGCGUCUUUUCUUCAGGUGUUAUGUUUUUGAUGGAACGUUUCAGAUUUCUCAUUGGGUGCCUGAUAGUGAACUGUCAUGCCUGCUUGUAGCAAUUCCAACUGAUGGAACGUUUCAUAUUUCACAAAA